AUGAUUAUUGCUCUGCCGAUUGAGCGGCGUGCUAUGCCGAGCGUGUCAUCACGAUACUUUGUGGGCGACUUGAGGCGAGGCAGGGUAUUAGAGCAGCGAAAUCGAGAGCCUUGUAGUCAGGUUUUCAAGGUUUUGGCAUUCCAAAAAGCUGCCGCUGCAGCUUAUAAGGAAGACCGGCCAUCAACCAUCAAGCAAUCCUUGAUAGAAGAAGAACUGGGCUUUCAAAUGGAAAUUUUGGAGGAAAGUGAAGCGGAUCUCCUUGAUGUAUAUGACGGUAUGGAAGAGUUAUGUGGCGACAUUGGUAGUCCAGAACCCGGCGAGGUUAUCGAUGAGACAGACCUCAGUGGUACUGAUGACGGCAUGUCGGAUACAAUAGAAGAAGGAGAAUAUAUUGAAGACGAUUCUACUGCUAGCAGUCCAGCCACGCCAUUAUCAGUUGAGGGUGUGGAGCAAUGUGAUACUUCGCAAGCAGAAGCCUUACAAGAGAUGGACAGUUCCAGUGAC